GUAUGCUUGACGCAUUUGGCGAAACUGUACAAAGAGUCCAGAAAGAAGAGGUGCUCCUCUUUACUAUCUGGUAGGUAUGAAAAGGGUGGCAACUAUUACAGGCAUGCGGCAGACACUACGGAGCAACCUCCGUUCUUCUAGCUCAGCAACAGUCGUCUUGGUCUUACGACACGUCUCAGAGAUGAUGUUGUUGAUACGACAAGUUUCGCGCUGCUCCGCCUUCUAUCACCGCGUUGGCUUCUGUAGCGCAGGUUGAGACAGAAAUACGCAAUCGGCGAGGCCCCGGUGGCCGAGCGAUAGCCGCAACACCAUGUAAUGAACCAUGUUGAUACCUGCACCAAGCCCGCCAACAGCCCGUCGGCGUGCACCACCUUAAGGGGUCCUUGCAGACAAUAAGCCCUCAAAACUCUGUUCUUUUUGUCGUGACAUCGAAGACCUCUCACCAACCUGAAAAGUUUCCCCUGGCUCAGGGUCCUGGAGAACAGCCCCAUGGAUAUGACUACGAGACGCAGGACCUCAGUGGUUGAGCAGAUCGAAGCUCGUGAUUUGGCUACGUUGGUAUCUGAGGCAUAUGAUCGACUGCGAGGCAGAGUAGUGCGCACUGCAACGACCCGUUUGCAAUGGCUAGGCGGAAACGACGAAUCGGGCAGGUCCGGGGAGGUGUAUGCAAAACUGGAAGGGCACCAGCACACCGGGUCGUUCAAAUACCGUGGUGCUCUGAACGCAGUGAUAUUGUCCAAAGCGGAAGUGGUCGUCACUGCAUCGGCAGGCAAUCACGCAUUAGCGCUGUGUGCCGCAGCCAAGGCGGAGAACAAGAAGUCCCAUAUCAUCGUGCCUGUUGGAGUGUCCGAAAUCAAAGCCAAACGGAUCCUGGAUGAAGCGGACCUGGUAUCCUUCAAUGGAAACGAUCUGUACGAAGCGACAUCAGCCGCUCAACAUCGUGUGGCUGAUCGCGGCGAUCAUGAAGAGUAUAUAUCACCAUAUGCAGCUGUCAAUGUGGCCGCCGGGGCUGGCACCAUGAUGAUAGAAGCGAUGGAGGAUGCGGGCGAGUUUGAUUACGUCGUGGUUCCACUGGGAGGCGGAGGAUUGGCUUCUGGGGUUGCUGCAUGGUGUUCUGUUCACUCCCCCAAAACGCGCGUCAUCGCCGUGCAGCCGGCAGUCUUCUCUCGGAAAUGGAACGACAAAGAUCGCGGAACAUUGAAGUUUUCCCAAUGUCUGUCCCAAAAGACAGCUCCCAGCCAAUGUGACGGCCUGGGGGUACAGCUUCUCGACACGACUCCUUUAGCGGAUAUCAUUGACCAUCACCUGGCCCAAGUCGUUCUUGUCUCGGAGGAUGAGGUGACAUUGGCCAUAGCUGAAGCGCUGCGAUUUCAAUCCUUAGCCCUUGAAGGUUCUGCUGCGGCUGCCAUUGCCGCCUACCACCAGGUGUCCGAUAACCUAUCUGGGAAAGUCUUGCUGUUGCUGACUGGCGCAAAUGUCAGUCCUUCUGUGAUUGCUCGCGCUCUUGUCCAGGAUGUGGACAACGAUGGCCUACGUCGUAGAAUGGGCCUCCGCAAUAUAUUCAACCCCGCCGAAAGGUACAAUGCACCAGAGAUGAGCAGCGGUAAUUGCGAGGAUAAGGCACUGGCUCUGUCCGAUUCGGCUUUGGUAAUUGAUGAUGCAGAUUGGCCUGAAGCUGCCGUCUGCCCAUCAACGCUGGUAGAGACCCUCGUUCAACGACUCAUCGACGGCCUCGAGACAUACCGAACGCUGGACGACCACCGUCGCGAACUUUCGAGGGAACUGCACCUCCGGAACGACCUGUGGUGUCAGAGCGCGGCCGACGCCCUAUUCUCGCAUGUGAAGGCACUGGCAGGAGAGCUGCAGGCUGACUUAUCCACACCAGGCCUUCCCUACUGGGUUGCAGAGGAAAGGUAUCGAGUCCUGCUCCAGCUGUAUUCAACCUGUCGCUGCCUCUUCGAUCGCGCCAGUCCUUCAUACGACCAGGCGAUGACGGAGUGGUUCGCAGAUGCAGCAUCGCAGAACUCCGCUAUGGUCAACUAUGAUCGUUAUGGCGCAUUGGCUCUCCGUGAUGCAGAAUUGAUGCUGCUCAAUACGCUACGGCCCAGCGAGACUCACGAGACCAAUCUUGCUCUUCUGCUCACGUCCAGCGGGAUGGCGGCAUUCCAGAUCAUUCUCCACUACAUUGUGCGGAGACUGCGUUCUUCUGAUACUGUUCUUCUGCCUCCUUACAUUUACUUCGAGGCCUCUGAGCAAAUAGUCUCCCUUUCCAACACAGGCGCAUUCAUGGUCUGCUCGACUGACAGCUACGAUGCUGCAGAUCUGAUCGCUGCGGCUGAGCAGUGCAACGCCAAGGUGGUCUGCAUAGACCCCGUGGCAAAUGUCGCAGGCCUCCCCACAACGAAUGUCCGAGAAUUCGCUAGGAUUGUGUCAUCAACAGCAGGUUGGGAGUCACGUAUUGUAGUCAUUGACGGCACUAUGGUCUCAGGAGGUUUGCCUGUGUUUGACUGGUUCGUAGGCCCACAUAAGCCUCUCGUGCUCUACUCGGAAAGUGCGAGCAAGUAUGCCCAGCUCGGCCUAGAUAUCCAGAUGGGUGGACUAGUGGUCUUUCCGACGAGCAUUGAGGCCGAAAUGCGGAAGAUUCGACGAGACGUUGGAGCAGUCAUGUACGCACGAGGCAUAUCGCUUCUUCCAUCGCUGAGCUUCGAUCUCUACCAGAGUCGCGUAUUGGAGCUCAGCAGGAAUGCCGAGACGCUGUGUGCACUGCUCACUGCCCAGAUCAAGGCCACGACCGCUACCGUUGCCUACCCGGCCCAGUGGAAGGCGCAUGGCUGGCGCCACGGCGGCGCAGUGGUGACGAUUGACUUCGUGGAAAAGGGGCUCAACAACCGCGAGGGGCUGGACGCCUGCAUCGGCCUUCUCCUCUCUCAUGCUCAGGCAUCAAGUCUCCCUAUCACCAAAGGCGUGAGCUUUGGCUUCUCGACUGCAAGAGUUUCGGCCAGCUCAUCCAUGGCAGAAGGGUCUGAUCCGUUUCUCCGCGUCUCGGUUGGCGUAGAGCGCCCGCAUGUCUCCAUCCUGGCCAGUGUGAUUUCACGCGCUGUGAAUGAGUAUGCUCGGACCUUCUCCCAGAGCACCUAAGAGCAUAUACGUGUGCUGUCGUAGACCUCGAGCCAAGGUUGGCAGUGCAUAGACUCGACAUCAUGGUGGUCUGACUUUGAGAAAAACUCUGACAUGUCAUCCUCGGCAGGUCGGGGCUUGCUCACGUCUGAACAUGGGUGCAUCGUCCUCGGUGUCCACGUCAUGAUCAAUACUGAGGUACUACACUUACACAGGGAUCAGCUCCGACCACGACAUCUUGUUAGGUAUCAGAAAAGCCCUCGUCUUGCCCGUAGCACGAUCCUUCGGCGCGCUGUGAGGGUACGUCGCGAGUACACGUGCUUGCGAUCGCAUUUCUUUUGGUAUCCAGGUGCAUCAUCCUUGUCCUUUCGCUGUGAUGGACACCGCGACUUGUUGGCUGGGCGCUUCUGCAAAGCUCGAUUCAAUCUCACUAGACAGUCUGACUUGCGUCGUCAAUGACUACCCGAAUACAACUUUCCCACCUCUUCCACCGAUAGUCACUUCCACAUGGGCAGGCGGUUCUGAAAGCGAAGCACCUUAGCCAUAGUAGUAAUUGAUGAUGUUGGUGCUCGUGUCCGGAGCGGCUCUUGAUGUGUGUAAUCAGAAUCUCGUCUCUACAAUCGCGUGCACAUAUGAAUUCGACACGGAUCGUGGCG